UGAUAGUAAUACGCCAGUUAACCCUCGUGUUUUCUCUUCCACUGGUUCUUGAACUUCCAAUCACCUUACGUCGCUCACUUCCUUGCUCUACACCUAUGGAUAGAGAAGAUACGCAAACUCCCAGACCGCCUUCACCCACAGACUCGUCGACUUCAGCAUCAACAAUUUCAACUUAUGUCGAUGCAAAGUCAGAAGAAUCUUCAGAUAUUACAAUUACUCGACAGUCGACUAGCGGCACAAAUACCAAAUCUGAAACAGAAGAAGCAAGCUUAGACUCUUCACUGCAAGAGUCUAGAUUUACUGUUGUGGAUAUACCCGAUUCUCUGGAAGACGGGCGGUCAACAGCAACGCAAGGACCGUCUGGUCAUAACAGCGAUUCAGCCAGUGCGGGCGUUGGGCAGAAUGGAGAUGCAGGAGGGAGUGCAGGUGUAGCGCUGAACAGAGUUGAUGCAGGAGAGAGUAGUUCAGCAGCUGGUAAAGGCGUGUCACCACCGCCCAGAACAAAACGGAACAGAACUUCAUCACGAAUCAAGCGAUUGUCUCGUCAAGAGGAUUCCAGCUCUUCUGAUUCUGCAUUGCCUUUCCCAGAACAGGGUUGGGAUGAUGGUACGCCUCGGACAGGAAAGGUCAUACAGUACAAGACAGGCGAUGAGGUUGAGAGAAGCCUGACAUGUACCGCCAAACUUGCAGACAGUUCUAUGGAAGCAACGAAAUCAGACUGGACGUUCCGGAAGGAUUUUGUCGACGAUUCCUUCGUUGCUUCGGGGAGAUUGUACCUGCCACCGAAAGCCCUGAAGUCAUACAAGGCUACAAAUGAUAAUACCUAUGUAUUUUACGUUGUAGAGGGUGCAAUCUGCGCCAAGAUACACGAGACCAAUUACAUCUUGUGUCAAGGUGCAUCAUUCAUGGUUCCAAGAGGAAACCACUAUUCAAUCGAGAACAUCUCAAACCGCCCCGCAAAGAUUCAUUUCGCUCAAUCACGCGAAAAACAUGCUCACGAAUCUGAAGACCCGUUACACCUUACAACUUCUUCAACCGUCGCAGAUACCAAAAUCCCUCUAGCCCGUACUCGACCUUUAUUCCUCACGUCCAAAGUCGUCAUACUGCUUUCAUUUCUCCUUGAAAAGCUGAUUAAACGGCUCGUGAAGUAUCAGAAAGUCUUUCAGAAGUUGUACGUCAAGUACGCGAUGGUGGUAGCGAAGAAUGUACGGUCCGGGCCCAAGGCGUAUCUAGCGUUUUUCUUCCUAGGUUUCUUGAUGAGGGGGAUUGGGUUUAGGAAGAGCUUUGUACCUACCAUUAGGGUGAUGGUGGCUGGUCAUUCGAAUGGUCCUAGAGAGAUAUCUGUUUGAACGGUGAUUUUAUGUUAAUCUUUUAUGGUAUGAUUUAUGGAUGUGUAUCCUACGGUUUAUCUCCCUUCUAUUUACAUCGGCGGCUGUGUAUAUUGUAUCGUUUAGGACUAUGUAUCUCUUCAACUCAGAUCCGCCAAAAAUUGAUUAAUUCUCACGUGGCCGC